UGCAGAGGGUUCACAAAAGCAACAAAAAUAAUAAAGGGAAAGGAUUGACAAAGCAGAGUGAAGCUUAGCCAUGGCGUCUCUGCUCAGUCUUUCUGCACCAAUUUCUCUUCAAUACAAGCUGAAUCGUUCAAUUUUAAGUGCCCUAUCUGCACAUACUCUAUCCAAAGUUUCCCAUGCUUAUACUGGAGAUGGGAGAUGUCGAAGGUUGAGUUUCAAGACAAAAGCUGCAGGUUCCGUUGAAGGAAAUGUACUCAACAAAGAACCAGCUAGUACCAGUGACAAGAUAGAUUAUGGAGUUGUUGGGAUGCACCAUGUCGGGAUUCUGUGUGAAAAUCUUGAAAGAUCCCUUGAAUUUUAUCAGAAUAUUUUAGGUCUUGAAAUAAAUGAGGCUAGGCCUCAUGAUAAGCUUCCAUAUAGAGGUGCUUGGUUGUGGGUAGGUUCUGAGAUGAUUCAUUUGAUGGAACUUCCGAAUCCAGACCCCUUAACCGGAAGACCCGAACAUGGAGGCCGUGACCGUCAUGCUUGUAUUUCGAUUCGAGAUGUAUCUAAGCUGCAAGCAAUCCUUGACAAAGCUGGCAUUCCCUACACUCUUAGCCGAUCUGGGAGGCCGGCAAUUUUUACACGAGAUCCAGAUGCAAAUGCUCUAGAGUUCACACAAGUUUGACGCCUGAGAUGUUUUAGCAUUCAAAACUGGAUUUCUUCAAAGAUAAUAUCCCAGGUCCCUUUUUCUCUCAGGAUCCAGAUCAUGCAUAUAAUAAUAGAAAAUGCCAAGGAUUUACAUUCUGAAUUAUAUUCUAAGACAGCUUAAUGAAUAGAAAAAUAUAUAUACUAGAGUUUGCCUUCUUUCAUGCAUACUAAAAGGGAUGUGCAAAAUCACAUUUUAUGUGCAAAUCUAAUUGUAUACAUCACCCUGUGCCCACAUUUUUUUUCUGUCUAUUCCUAUUUGAUUUCUUCGGUGCGGGGGAUGGAUGGAUGGAUGGUUGCUUCUUUUUCAUCUUGGAACAAUGUCUUGUAAGUUGCAACUUCCUCGAAAACGAACCAUGUCAUGGAACCUGCUUAAUAUAAUGUACUAGAUAAUGUCA